CUCCUUCUGCUAUGAGGGACAUACAGAGAUCAGAAGUGUCUUUUUGGCGGUUGUCUGUCAGCACAUCAUCAUCGUAUUACUCAUCUUCCAAUCCCUCAGGUUAAAGAAUAUUCAAAAGAGCCAUGUCUCAUGGAUGGGGAUACGGAGCGGCUAACGGACCUGACAAAUGGGCUGCAGAUUACCCAGUAGCCAAUGGACCCAGACAGUCGCCCAUCAACAUCGUGUCCAGGGAUGCUCAGUACGACUCCUCUCUGAAACCACUGAAACUCUGCUACGACCCGUCCAACUCCAACAGCAUCCUCAACAACGGACACUCUUUUCAGGUGGACUUUUUGGAUGACGUGGACAGUUCCACCCUGACUGGAGGUCCCAUCUCUGGAACCUACCGCCUCAAACAGUUUCAUUUCCACUGGGGGGCCAGUGAUGAGAGAGGCUCUGAGCACACAGUCAACGGUGUCAAGUUCCCCUGUGAGCUUCACCUAGUGCACUGGAACACCAGGUACCCAAGCUUCGGAGAAGCUGCCAGCGAGCCAGAUGGACUGGCAGUGGUCGGGGUCUUCCUCAAGAUCGGAGCUGCCAACCCCAGACUCCAGAAGGUGCUGGAUGCACUGGAGGAUAUCAAGACCAAGGGAACACAGAGAACUUUUCCCGACUUUGAUGCCAAGACUCUCCUGCCAGGCUCUCUGAAUUACUGGACCUAUGACGGCUCCCUGACCACACCCCCCCUGCUGGAGAGUGUCACCUGGAUCGUGCUCAAGGAGCCAAUUAGUGUCAGCCCUGUACAGAUGGCCAGGUUUCGCAGCCUCCUCUUCAAUGCAGCUGGAGAAUUUCCUUGUUGCAUGAUGGACAACUACCGGCCUCCUCAGCCUCUGAAGGGUCGCCAAGUUCGUGCAUCCUUCAAAUGAAACUUAGGUCUGUCAGAACGUCAGACGCAGUACGUUUCUAAUCUUUGUGACAUUUUUAAACGUAGAAAGUGUGCUUUCUUUUACAGUAGUUUGUAGAAUACUCCAAACCAAAAUACCAACGACAUAUUAGUGGUACCCGCAUGGUUGUGGGAUCGAGUCCAGACCUGGUAAAUUUGAUGAUGUUCCGAAACGUCUACAUUCAAUGAUCUGUCAGUCUGAAUAGAUCAAUAGUUGCUAAUAUUGAUAUAUUAUUUUGUUAUUCUUUUGUGCUGUUUGAUCUACUUUUAAAAUGUCAUUGUCUUUGUACUUAAAGUUGCCAUGAGUUAGUGUGUAUCCUGGAACACUUGUCUUAAUAAAGAAUAAAAAUAU